AUGUUCCUUCUAUCGACAGUGCGCGCCACGGCUGACAUUGGGACAGGCCUCAUCAGCUGUGUGGUGUAUGGCAUCACAGUCAUUCAGGCUGAGUUUGCCUGGCCCUCCAGAGUCCUCUGGACAGAGGGCAUCGUUCCAUUCUAUUACGCAGGGCUGGUCACGGCCCUGGCUGAGAUCUUUGCCGGAUCCUUUGUGCUGCCCAGCCUUGCCCGCAAGGAUGCGACGUCUAGGAAGUGCCUGAACUCCCAGAUGAGGAUUGACAGUGAUGGGGACGACGCAACCGAUGGCAUCAUCGAAAACUACUGGACGUAUCUGGAUGAGGUCUCCAAGCCUGAGGGGUCCCUGAAAGCGGCAGUCACGCCAUCCCUGGCUUCCCAUCGCCAGGCCAUCAGCAAUGCCAAGCGACUGCUGGGAGAGGCGGAGCUGGAGCCGCCGUGGAUUGACAACUGCUCGAUGGAUCUUGGGAAGUGGGGCAAGGUAGUGGACAGCUUCAGGAAGCUGGCCCUCAGAAGUGCUGCCCUGGAGAGCCUGCUGGAGAGUCAAGAGCAGGUGGUGUAUGCCAGCGAGCUGCGCCACCUUCUGGGAGUGGACAUUGUGCCCAUCUUUGCACUGCUGUUUGCCCAGAUGGCGGCGUCUUGCGUCAGCAUGUCCGUUGCCCUGAGGGACGCGGCUGACGGCAAGCAGAAACAAGCGCACAUGAGGCUUCUGCUGGAGCCGUCCUAUGCCAACCUGGAGUUUGAGCUGGCGUCAGCGCUCCACUGCAUCAUCAACGGCUACUGGAGGCGCAUGCAAGCAUGCACCAACAUCGGUACCGCAGGCUUCCGUCCUGAAGUGCAGAUCCGUGUGGUGCUUUAUCUCGGGGCGCUGUGCAGCGGCAUCCUGGAGACUCUGGCAGAGGCCGAGAAAGCCGCCAUCACAGCAGUGGCGACCCCGCCCGCCAGCCGGAGGCGGCUGCUGUCGCUGCGCACCAUGACUCAGCGGCGAAAGGAGGAGGACGAGGAGGAGAGGCACCUCAAGUCCGCCCUCAGCCACAAGAAGGCCAUAGACGCCUCCCUGCGCAGGAUCCUCACGGCCGUCAGCGUCAACCCCUCACGCGAGAGUCAGGAGGUGAAUGGGCUGGAGAGGGAGUCAGGAGGGGUGUCCAGCCUGUAUGUCGGCACUUCCCGGCGGCCACUGCAGGUGCAGUGGUCAAACCAGCCGACACCCCACAGCACGAACGCUGCUGCCAAUUCAGAGCAGCAGGAGCUACCAGCAGAGUUGGGUCCAGACACAGCCGUGAUAGGCGAGCAGCCUGGAGCUGUCGGGAGCGCGCCAGCAGUGCAGACACCUGGGCAGGGCGGCAGGGGCGAUAAGGAAAGCAGGGGAGCUAAGGGUUUCCCCAAGGCCAAGUCAGUGGAGGGCUUCCUGAACAGGCUCCUCCUUGCUUCUCGCCCCUCUGCCACCAGCGACUCUGCCAGGCGCUCAGCCGCCAGUGCUCAGCAGACUCCCCAGCCAAGUGAGCAGACCAGCGUCGACGGCAAUGCAUGCCAGUUGCAAGCUUCUUCCCCUUCAGACUCUUCUGCCUCUGCAGCAUCUGAGUGCGAGGCAAAUAUGCAGCCAGGCUCUGUGGACGGGCCUGGCCGAAAUCGCGCCCUGACAGAUGGUGCUGGCCUCGCAGGCCCAGAUGCCGAGGUGGUCGAGCUGCUGCCAGGCAAAAUGAAGCCGAGCAAGACAUUUGUGCAGAACUGGAAUCAGCACACGUCCUUCCACCGCCGGAAGCGGGUGGCAGAGGGUGAGGUGAGCGGUGACGGCGGCGGUGACUCACCCGGCAGCAGCGCAGAACCACCUGAGAGCUCGAGCCUGGACAGCAAAGCUGACCAGCGCCAGGACAGCUCAAGGGAGGCAGGAAAGCAAAAGUCCAGUCCCUUUGCAACUGUGAAGCUGCAGAAUGGUGGCGGGAGGGCUGCAGGGCACAGCAGUAAGUCCCAGAAGGUCAGAACAGGCUGGACAGCAGUACAGGCGCAGUUGAAGCAGGAUUGGUCAUGGCUGUGGCCCCUGCUUGUCCUGUUGUCGGGCUUUCCUGUUUGGAAGGCUGCCUAUGUGGCAUACACACAGACUGUGCCGCAGGCGCUGCGGUCCAAGAGAGAUGCGCAAUGGUGGAAGAAGAACAGGACGCUACAAUUCUUCCUCAAGUUCUUUCUGACUGCUUCUGCCAUGCUGGUCACAAUCCUUGUUGCAUCAUGCGAGAGCAGCGGGUACCAUUCAUGGGUACCCCUGUAUGCAAUGACGACGGUGGCGGUGGUCUUGUCAGAGAAGGUUGACACCACAGUCAGCAAGGGCGUGCUGAGAAUGAUUGGGACUGUGAUCGGAGGAACACUCGGGUUCUUAGUGAUGCUGGACAGCAGGCUGGCCACAAACCCAUACGCGCUCAUAGCCAUCAUAUGCACAGUAACGGUUGUGGUGGCGCCCCUCACUCUGACAGAGUACAAAUAUGCCAUCUUCCUCAUGCUCAUCACCUUCGACUCCCUCAUCCUCUGCCAGUACAGCACCGAGCCUGGCUCCAAGGGCAGCCCGUUGCUGUACUAUGCGCGAGUGGUGCACAUCAUAGCCGGCGUCCUCAUUGUGCUCGCAGUGGAGCUCAUCAGGCCAUGGUACACGAGUGUGGCCUCUCUGGAGACGCUGGGGCAGGCAUAUAAGCAGGGGGCAGAGCUAGUGGGGCUCUACUACGACGCAUAUUACACUGAGACCAAGCUGGCGGCGAAUCCCAGGGCCCUGGCUGAAGCCGAGGAGGGUAUCCUGGUCCUGGAGAAGGACCUACUCAUCAAGAAAGUGGCGCAGCCCCUUAGCGAUGUGCAGUUAUCGAUACAGAAGGAGACGGUGCUGUGGAAGAGGGGGCUGCUGGUCAUGCCGAAGAUUGUGCACCACACCCUGGCUGGCUUGCAGGUGAUGCAGGACCGGCUGGCUGCAGUGGAGCUGAUGCUGCUGCAGAAGCCCAUUGUGAGCGGGCACUACACGGGCCACGCCUACAAGAACUUCCUGCUGCCCCUGGACAAGGGCUUCAGGAAAGUCUGCGCCAGGCAUGUCCCUCCCGCACCACUUGCAAGUUCUCUGGCCUGUAGUAACCAGAAGACCUCCAGGGCGAUGGAGCUGGGCAGCAUGGUGGAGGAGGUGCUUUCGGAAGAGGCAGAGCCGAGGCACCUGUCGCAGCUGCAGACCGCCAUCGACAACCUGCAGAACUCCAGGGUGCAGCUGCGGAAGCAGUAUGUGAAGAAACAGCACGAGUUUGUGUUUGCGAUGCGGCGCGCGACUGAGCCUCACCUGGUCAACCGCACACCCGACGACGCGCUGCGCUACCAGUCAGUCAUGUUCGCCCUCAUCCGCGCCCUCGACAAGUGUGUGCUGGUGGCGCGCAUGGUGCUGGAGGACGAGUUCAUAGUGGCGCACAUCACUGCCGGCCGCUGGGAGCACCGCCGCCUGUGGCUGGGCCUGCCCAGAGACAAGCCCAAGCACAACAAGAAAAGGAGCUGGCUGGCAGCGCUGUGUGGGCGGCGCGGAGCAGCCGCCGCAGUUGCCGAUAGGGAUGUGGAGGACAAGCCCAAGCAUGAGAGGAGGCGGCUGUGGGGGAAACGCAAAGCAGCAGCCGCCGUUACUGAUAGGGAUGUGGAUUUGCGGAAAGAAACCUCCACUCACCUCAACUUUCGAUGGUUGCGGCGAAAACAACCGGCACGAUGGGCAGACUGCCUGGACGAUGACAACGAUGACUCGGGUCCUUCGGGAUGGGUUUUAGAGGAAAUAGUGGCCAUAAAGUCAGAAGAUGAGGCGGAAGCCGCGAAGGUUGCCGCGAAGGAGCCGGUGGAAGAAAAAAAGGUGGAGCAGGAAACAGUGCAGGACAAGACGAUUGGGCACAAGACGCUGCAGGACUCCAGAAGCGCUUUCAACGAGGCGGAGAAGCAAGCAAGAGAAGAGGAAAGGAUGAUGGAGGAUGUGGACGCCCUGCUGGAGGUGGUGGUGGGGGGAAACCUGUGGAUUGAAGAAGAACCCACCAAGCCGGCCAAGCUGCCAGGGGACGGCUGCGAUGGAGACUGUGUCAGCCCCGCGGGUGUGCUGAGCCAGCCACCCUCCACAGACAGCAGCCCGCCCUCUUCUGGAGACUGCAGCCCGCCCUCCCUGGCCACCCCAUCCCCCAGUCAGAUUCCUGACCUGCUGACAGCCGCCAAGGCAGCCGUGCACGCAUACAGAGAGCAGCACUUUGACACAUCAGCCGCUGACAGUGGCAGCUCUGCAUGCCUGGAAGAAGAGCAGGCGCCAGAUGAAAUUCUGCCUGCAGAGCUGGCCAGGAAGUCAAGAUCAAAGCAUGCAUCAGUUGGCAGCGCCGCCAUGGCAGGAGACAGUGCAGUGCAAGAGGACAUGGCAGCCUCCAGCAGCAUGCAAGGUGUUGGACCGGAUGCAUGCAUGCAGCCCAAGAGGAAGAGGAACCUGCUGCAGAAGGUCCUGUCGCUGGCGAUUGUGCCUGAUGUGUCGGACUGGGGGCGGGUGGGCUUCCUGUGCCUGUAUGGCACACUGGGCAUGCUGGCACUUGCCACAGUGCGCGCGGCAGGCAAGCCCGGAGUUGGCAUUAUUGCCAGCGUUGUGUAUGUCAUCGCCAUUGUCAACGGCCACUUUGUGCGCCCUGCACGCGCCGUCUGGGGCCAUAUUGUGGUGCCGUUCUUCUAUGUUGGCUGGGUGUCAUGCCUUGCCCAGCUGGUGGCUGGCUGCCUGGUGCUGCCAAGUCUGGCUCGCCAAGAUCUUCGAGGCACAGCUGCAAAUCUUAUCCAGGCUAAGGUUGAGCCGCCAUGGGCGGACAACUGUGCAAUGAGGACUGAAAGGUGGGGCAUCCUGGUUUAUGCUCUCAACAAGCUUGCCAUCCGCAGCGCAGCUCUGGAGGGCUUACUGGAGGGUCCGGAGCAGGUGAUGAAUGAGGAUGAGCUGCGCGAGCUGCUGGGCUGCGACGUGGUGCCGCUCUUUAAGGUGCUGUUUGCACAGAUGGUGGCCUCCUGCAAGGAGAUGACAGAGGCACUGCACCAGUCGAGCCGCGGUAGACGGGGUCAGGCUCACAUGCGGCUGCAGCUGAAUCCGUCUUAUCCAGUGCUGGAGUAUGAGCUGGCGUCCGCGCUGCACUGCGUCAUCAAUGGCUACUGGCAGCGCAUGCAGCGGGACCCCAACUUCAGACCGACUGUGCAGGUUCGGGUGCUGCUCUAUCUGGGCGCGCUAUGCAGCGGCAUUCUUGAGGCCCUCACAGACGUGGAGCGCAAGGCUGUGGCUGGAUUGGCCUGCCCAGGCAAGGACAGUGACUUCUUCAGCACCAUCUAUCAUGGUCUGCAUCCCAAUAAGCAAGGGCGCAGGCAUGACACGGCCCUGCGGCGAGCGAAUACUCACAAGCGCAAGGUCCAGAGCAGCCUGGAUGGCAUGUUGAACCGCACCAGCGUCCGCUCUGGGGAAGGGGGUGAGGCCCUGGACGCUGACUGGGCAGGGGAUCUGUACAGCGAUACGCAGCACCGGCCCCUGCAGCAGCAGUCCUCCACAUUUCUGGCGGACCAGAAUACAAGUACCCCAGGUGAGACGGGCAACGCCGCGCGACAGCCGCGCUUUGCUCAAAACGGUAGUCUAGUGGCUCAAGCAGAGGGCAGCCCAAUACCUCCCACCGCUGCUCCACCCGCAGAUUCAGCCCAGCAGAGUGCAGAGAAGCUGCCAGAAGCAGGCGAGGAGGGAACCCCGCGCAGACAGCCACCAGAUGGUGUGGGGAGGCCAGAGGAGGCCAGCACGAGUGGAUAUGCGGCAGAGGCGAGCGAUGAUGCAACCCCUGCUGCCUCACAGCGGGACAGGGGAUUGGUCAGGGUUGCCCACCUGGGAGAGGGAACUCUGCUGAAUGACUGUCCCCUCCUUGUGCGGGUGACGCCCACUCUCUUUACCAUCCCGGCCAGCGGCCAGCGCAGCGGGAAACUGCGGCAAAGGCGGCAGCAGCAUCAGGAGCAGCAGUCUUCAGGGGAGGAGCAGCGACCGGUGCAGCGAUUGAGGGAGAUUUCAGAAGAAGCAGCGUCUCAGGGCAGGAUGUCAGCAGGGAACACAGCAGGGCAGCUGCGCAUGGUGUUGGCUGGUGAGCAGUACAGGUCCACCAGUGCUGUGCUGGCGGACGGAGGUGCCGGGCUUGUGCCCAGUGCCGCCUUCAUGCAGCAGUGGAACCGGCACACCACGCUGCACGUCCGGAGGCUGCAGGCGCCCCAAGAUGAGUCAGGCGAUGACUCAGACGAAGACUCCAGCGACGACUCAGGCGAUGAGUCGUCCCAUCACUGCAGCGCCGGCGGUGGAGCUCCCGUGGAUGGAGAUGAGCAUGCAGCUGCGGAUAUGGAUGCGGCCGAAAAGGGCGUGUGCAGGCCUGGAGUGGGAAAGGGGUUCCAGCUGCAUGGGAACGGGCGUGGCAGCAAAGGCAGGAGAGUGGCCAGGCGGCUGAGGGAUGACUGGGGAUGGCUGUGGCCGCUGCUGCUGCAAUUCUUUGGCUACCCAGUGGGCGAGGCACUGGUCAAAGCCUAUGGCUGGGCUGUCCUCAGAUACCUGGGCUCCAGAAACUGGAAGUCACCUCAGCUGCUCAUUGACCUCCGACAGACAGUCAUGCGCAGGCGGCACCGGCGGCUGCAGUUCUUCCUCAAGUACUUCAUUGCCAACUCCGGAGUCAUUUGCCUGGUGUUUGUCCUUGACCAGCUCAGCGUCACCUUCCGCACAAAGUGGAUCCCCUACUACUCCGGGCUCACGAUUGCGGUGGUGCUGUCUGAGAAGACAGACACGACCAUCACCAAAGGAGUCCUUCGCAUCAUCGGCUCCGUCGUGGGCGGUGUUUUUGGGUAUCUGGUGAUGCUGCGCAGCGGGCUGGCCACAGAGCCGGUGGCAUUGGCUGCGAUUGGCUGCGCGGCCACCUUCCUGGCAGCUCCCGCGACGCUGACGCGGUACAAGUAUGCGGCCUACCUCAUGCUCAUCGCCUUCCACUCCCUCGUCCUCUGCCAGUACAUGGAUGUGCCUGGCCAUCAUGGCAGUGUGAGGCAAUUCUAUGCGCGCAUUGCCAACAUUGCGGUGGGCGUGGUCAUUGUGCUCUUGAUCGACCUCACAUGCCCCUGGUACACGAGUGUUGCAGCGCUGGAGACGCUGGGGAGAGCAUACAGGGAGGCGACGCAGCUAAUAGAGGAUUACUAUGUGGCGUUCCAUGAGGAGACGCUGAUGGCCGCACAGGGGCGUUCCCCCUGCCCAGAGGUGCAGGGCGUUGCUGUGCUGGAGAAGAACGCCAUCAUAGACAGGGUUCAGCAGCCCCUCAGUGAGGUGCAGGUGUCUGUGCAGAAGGAGUCGGUGAUCUGGAAAAAGGGCCUUCUCAUCAUCCCAGACAUCGUCCAUCAGCUGCUCUAUGCCAUGCAGGUGCUGCAGGACCGCCUGGAGGCAGUGGAGCUGAUGCUGCUGCAGCGGCCCAUUGUGAGCGGCCGUUUCACCGGCUAUGCGUACUGUUGCUUUGUGCAGCCGCUCGAUACAGCCUUCCGCGAUGUCUGCAACAGGGCGAAGGAGGUGGGGAAGCUGGUGGCAGCUGUCCUGAGCGAGUCCACACAUGCCAGCCACCUACACGAGCUCCAGCAGGCAGUGGCCAACCUCCAGCGGGCCAGGUCGCUCUUGCGGAGGCAGAUCAUAAACACGGAGCAGGAGGUUGUGCAGUCGGCUGAGGAGGGCAUGGAUUGGACACCUGACGAUGCGCUGCGAUUCCAGUCAUUCUGGUUCGCUGUCUCCAGGGCCCUGGACAAGUGUGUCCUGGUGGCUCGCCUGGUGCUCCAGGAUGACUGGAUUGCAGAGCAUGUCCGCGCGGGCCGGUGGCGGCACAGACAAGUGUGGUUGGGCAGACCUCUGAGCGGGAGGCAGGAGCGCAAGCUCAGGAGGCAGGCGGCCCAAGAGGAAAGAGACCUGGAAAAGGCCACAUGA